AAAUGAUGGACUCAUAUGAGCUGUGAUUUGUAAACAUAUUAUUUAUAUAAAUAAACUUAUUUUUGAGAUGUUGUUCAAGAAAUUAAGAUGUGAUUUAAUAGUGCUUUUAGUCAUUUAUUUCAAUGAAUGUGUUUGUAUUACACGACCGCUCACUAAACAUGAGAUCAAUAGCUAUAAGGCCAAAAUAGUGUCAAUGUUUUACCACUCGUACGACAGUUACGUGAGGUAUGCCUCCAAUUACGAUGAGUUGCAGCCCCUGUCGUGCAAAGGGACGGACACUUGGGGGCAGUUCUCACUGUCACUGAUCGACGCUUUGGACACUUUAGCCGUUUUCGGCAAUUAUACUGAAUUCAGACGAGUCGCUCAACUAGUCUUAGACACGGCUGACUUCAACACCAAUAUUAAUGUCUCAGUCUUUGAGACUAAUAUUAGAGUGAUUGGAGGCUUACUGUCCGCUCACUUACUAUCACAUAAGGCAGGCAUAGAGACAGAGAAGGGGUGGCCCUGUGAGGGACCUCUCCUUCGGCUGGCAGAGGACGCCGCGAGACGUCUUCUUCCCGGAAUGCCUUUCGGAACCGUUAACCUGCGAUAUGGAGUACCAGAUAACGAGACACCGAUCACCUGUACGGCAGGCGUCGGCACUUUUAUUCUAGAGUUCUGUACUCUUUCUCGACUCACAGGAGAUCCCAUAUUUCAGAAUAAGGCCUUAAAAGCUAUAAAUGCUUUGCAUAAAAGUCGCUCCAAAAUAGGAUUAGUUGGCAAUCAUAUCAAUGUUGAAGACGGCAAGUGGACGGCCACUGAGAGUGGGAUCGGCGGUGGAGUUGAUUCCUAUUUUGAAUAUCUAGUGAAGGGAGCAAUGCUUUUACAAAUGCCUCAACUCAUGGAUAUAUUUUAUGAGAAUUAUAGGGCAAUCAAUAAAUAUAUUAAAAAGGAGGACUGGUAUGUAUGGGUCAGUAUGACUAGUGGUGCGCCAACUAUGCCUAUAUUCCAAUCGUUAGAAGCCUUUUGGCCGGGAGUUCUCACACUUAUAGGAGAUGUGGAUCAGGCAAAGAAGACUAUCUAUAACUACCAUCAGGUGUGGAAACAGUACGGCUUUACUCCAGAGUUCUAUGACAUUCCCAAUUCUAAACUCAAUUCCAAACGCGAUGGAUAUCCGUUGAGACCAGAGUUCAUCGAAAGUGUUCUCUAUCUCUAUAGAGCCACAAAAGAUCCGCAUUUACUUCAGAUUGGCGCUGAUGUCAUCGAUUCCAUCGAGACGUCCACACGAACUGAAUGCGGUUUCGCGACCGUUAAGAAUGUGGCCGACCAUACCAUCGAAGACCGAAUGGAGUCAUUCUUUUUGGCCGAAACACUCAAAUACUUGUACCUAUUAUUCGAUGAAACUAAUUUCGUUCACAACGACGGCUCAAAGGGUUAUGUUAUCGAUAAGAAUGGCAGUGAAUGUGUUGUGGACAGCGGUGGCUAUGUCUUCAACACUGAGGCACAUCUCAUUGAUAUCGCAGCCGUUUAUUGCUGUUCUAACCAUAAGAACAUCGAAUCGAAUAUAUUGUCUGACUUUAGAGACAAUUUAGAUCUCUAUUCGGUUUUAGGAUUGAAUCACGAGUCCAGCAAUUCUUUGCAAUCAAUUCGUCACAAAUAUAAAAAGGAAAUUAAUAAUGAAUUAUAUAUUUAUGAGAAAAGUUCUGAAAGUGAAUCAAAUGAUGAGAAUCAAAGUGAGAGUGAUUUGUCUGAAAUGCCAAACAAAUUAAACGUUGACUCGAAUGUGAUCUUAGAAAUGAACGAGUCUUUCGAUAUGGAUUCCAAUGAGGUCUUAGAGUCAAAUCAAUCAGAAUCAGAUGUCUUAGUACCAGAUAAUGUGAUAAAUUCCAUACCACCUCACACUAUAAGCCCAGAAACAGACAAAACCGAUUCCUCUGGGUUUGAGACCACUUCUUCUGAAGUGAGUUCUUUACAUAGAGACUCACUUUUGCCAACUUUGGACUCGAGUUUAAAUUCUUUAAAUAUUCCAAAUGUGGACAAAACUGAUGCCCAGAAUUUACAUAUGAAUAGUGAAUCAACGCCUCAAUUACAGACAGUUUCCAGCGAAUCCUCUCCCGAAGCGAUUCAUUUGAAAGAGACGACAGAAGCUGAAAAGGAUACCAUUUUUGUGACACAAGCGCGAGAAGUGAUACAACCGACCCAUUCAAUAGAGGGCUGGCAUUCCGCGUCAUUAGACGAAGAACUGAAUGAAGAGAUCAUGUCUGUCAUGAGUGAUAACACUCUCAUUGAUGACAAACUGUCGCAACAGAUACUGAGAAUGCUAUCAAACACUUCGAAAUACCAACUAUUCGUCAAUUCUUCGAAAGUCAAUACUUUGGACAUCAAUGCAUUCAACACCUCUGCCAUCAAUUAUGAGCUCUUGUUGUUGAUGACAUCCAUACAUGUUCAGGCAAGUGAUGGUGGAAGUGAUGGUGCUCGCAAUGACUCGGUGUGGCCACUGGUGGCCGGACUCUUCGCCUUCUUGGCUCUGUUUGUGUCGAUUUGGGAAAUCACUCAACACUUAAGCCAUUAUAAUAAGCCUUAUCUCCAGAAAUAUGUGGUUCGGAUCCUAUGGAUGGUUCCCAUAUAUGCCAUGAAUUCGUGGUUGGCGAUGAACUUCCCGGUGAUAGCCAUAUAUGUGGACACUCUUCGCGAGUGUUACGAGGCGUUUGUGAUCUACAGUUUCAUGAAGUAUUUGCUGAACUUUCUGUUCCACGAGAUGGACCUCGAGGUGACCAUAGAGUGCAAGCCCGGAGUUCAACACCUGUUCCCCCUGUGCUUUCUGGCCCCCUGUGUGGGCGGUCGCAGGUUUCUCGAGCGAUGCAAACACGGCAUCCUUCAGUAUGUGGUCGUCAGGCCCUGCACUACAUUCCUCGCACUAUUCUUCGAAAUACUGGGAGUUUAUGGUGAGGGACACUAUGGGCCGGGAAAUGCCUACCCAUACCUACUGGUCAUUAACAAUAUCUCACAAAUGAUAGCGAUGUACUGUUUGGUCAUAUUCUACACGACCUAUAAGUAUGAAUUGGCGCCAAUGAGACCUCUGGCAAAGUUCUUAUGCAUCAAAGCCGUUGUCUUCUUCUCGUUUUUCCAAGGAGUAGUGAUAUCUAUAUUCAUUCAAAUCGGAAUCAUUACUCAAGCCUUCAUUCCUGAAGGCAUCAAAAGAGGUCAUACAGACAUCGCCCGCAACUUUCAGGAUUUCCUCAUCUGCUUCGAGAUGUUAGUGGCCGCCAUCGCGCACUUGUAUGCCUUCUCGCACAAGCCUUUCGUCGAUCUCGCGGCAGUUAAUGAUCCCAUUUGUUUGAGUUUUAUGCGGAUCAUUGAUUUGACAGAUGAGAGGACAGACAUCUCCGAUCAUUUUAGACAAAUCAGAAUUCGGUUAAGGGAUGUGUUUGGACGCAGAAGACGAGUGCAAACUUUUGAAGAGAACAGUCCUCUCAUACCAUUGCAACGAAGAGGAGACAAAAACUAUAGCACUAAUCAAACAGAAGAGGCAUUUGUCUCCAUUUGA